AUAAUCCACAUCUCAAGAUGAUACCCCACCAGCUUCAAAAAACCAAGGGAAAAAAUAAUGUCCAUGUCUGAAUGAGAUACCAUUAGCUAGCUUAAAUUCUGUCAAAAGCAGUGCUUUGGAAGGGUCGAGACUGGCAACGUUUACAAGCAAAGCAACUCCAACGAUUAACAACUACUCCCUCCGUCCGAAAAUACUUGUCAUCAAAAUGAAUAAAAGGGGAGUACUUCUUUUUCCCUUUAGUUUUUCCUCUCAUCAUCAUACAUGCUCCUUUAUCCUUCAAAUCCAUGGCCAUACAUCCAAAGAUGUUCUUCUUCCCGGCAUGCUCCACAAUCAUUAUAUAGAUGAUCAGAUCAGCAUCGCAAGAGAACAGUUCCCAUCUCUUUUUCUGCACAUACAUACAUACACCAUCUAGUAACAUACUCUUUGCUUUCCUCUCCAUUCUUUCCAUGUUGGCGUCCACUUAAAUCUUCCACAAAGCCAUCCCUCGACCCUUUCCUUCUGUUUUUCCUGGCCUUUAUUAUUUUCCCAUCCUCUCCUCUCCAAUGGCACUAUCCUCUACAAAUAAAUUUCGAAAGCAGGUGACGCUUUCGCCCAUGCCAUUCCUUGCACUCCACCCAUGCCCCCCUCGCCCCGUCCAAGCCCAACAAGUGCUCGCCACUGCUCCACCAACACCGCCGCCGUACCUCUGUGCAGCAAUGGCGACGGCCCCGCCGGCGAUCCCGUUGCCGGACUACCAGGUGUCCGGGGCGGCCGCGGCCCACCAGCGGGGCUCCGUCGGCCCGUUCGUCGGGGUGCUCGCGGCGGUGCUGCUGCUCACCGCCAUGUCAUGCUUCUUCGGCCGGGUGUGCGCGGCGCACGCGCAGGGGCCUGACGAGUGGUACGACUGCGCGAGGCUCGCCGGCCGCCGGAGAUGCUGGUGGUGGCGGGCGCCUCGGCGGCCGGUCAGGCCGGCCGAGGAGGAGGUCAAGCCGCCGCCGGCGAUGCCGUUGCCUGAGCCGUGAAUGAUCGGUCGGCCUCAGGCUCCUGCUCUUCUUUCUCUUUGCUGCGGUUUGCAGCGGCCGGCAAGGAAGGAACAAGGGCGGGACCGGACCGGACUGAACCAACGCGCAUGGACGCGGUUUCUUUGUUGCGCGGUGGACAAAUCCAAGACACUGACACGGAAGCAGAAGGCUUGCGAUAAGGGAGGGAGGAAAAUCCGAAGCUUUGUCGACGAAGAGAUAGAGGAAGGGGUCAAAUGGAAGCGAGAAGGGAGUAGGGGACGGAUGGGGAUGCGAGAACGGAGGGGGAGAGGU